CAGGGGUGGACUGACAACUCAUGGGGCCCCCGGGCAAUAGGGGAUCAUGGGGCCCCUGUGUCCUCACCCACACUCAAACCACACCCAAAAAAGCCUGUGAAAGGUACCAGGGGCAUCUCAUGGGGCCCCCUACUGACCCCGGCCCUCGGGCAGUGCCCGAGUUUCCAAAUGGUCAGUCCGCCCCUGAUUUGGACUCUUCUUCCAGAAGUCAUCUGACUCUCUGCUUUUGCAUUGGAGUCGUGGAGAUGAUGGCAGUCUCCUUCAUAGCUGUUCUAUUGCCCAUUGUCAAUUCCAGACCACUAUAACUUAAAGUGUUACUAAACCCACAACAGUAAAAUCA